GUUCUGUAUCCCCUUCCGAGCAGCACUGUAUCAUGAGACCACAACACAGCGGCGCUGGCUCUGUCUCUAGCAGAGUGCCCAGGCUAGGAAAAGAGGGUGGGCCGUGUGUAAGCUUGGAGGUGGAGAAAAGGCAGGCGGAGAAGGAGCUAGUCUCCUUCCAGGAAGCCAAAGAGAACCGUAAGCUGCAGAAGGAGCAGCAGGGUCGAGGUGUUUCUUUCCUUCAAGUCGCGGAGCAAAACUCUAGCCAUGUCGACCCACAAGCGACCGAAAAAACCCAAGAAUGGCUCAGAGAUGUGAGUUGGGACUGGUGUACAAAUAUAAGAAAGAAAGAAAGAAAGAAAGAAAGAAAGAAAGAAAGAAAGAAAGAAAAAGAUCCCUGCCUAAUAUUAUAAUCUAAUAAAAACAGGACUCAAGAAGAAUGGAGGGGAAGCCAAGAGCAAAUUUAAAAGCAAAUCGAUAACCAGAAUUGCAUGUUGGAAAAUAUUUUUGAUUAUUUUUAGUAUUUGUUAUUGUUUUAGUGGCCAGCAUCCAAACUAGUGUGCUGGUGCAGUGAUGCUAUGCUAUGGAGGAGGGGCACUUUUUGUCUCUAUUUCUCCUUCCCUCUGAAGCUGGCUGCGUCUUUUGCAAAAAUAUGUCCCUGAGGGUCAUGCAAUCCUCAGGGAUAUAUUUUCGUGAGUCACAGUGGGCUUCGAAUGGAAGGGAUGCUUGUCCAAACAGUCUCUCCAACUCCGCCAACCCAGGACCAGCAGUGUUCACAGCAUUAGUACUCUGGAUAUUGGACAGUGGUUUUCCUUCCAAUUAAAAGUUACCUGAACACCUUCUCACCCAAAACUAAAAACAAAAAUUCAAAAGGGAAACACAAAGGAUGAAAUGGAUGGCAGCCAGGAAGCUUUCUGAAGGGCAGCAUGGGAAGAGACACCCAUGUUUGUUGCCUUUAUUCCAAAGAUUUCAACAAUGACUAACAGGGGACAAAGAAUUCCAUGGAAAGAAAUUUGAGCAAGUACUUGAAUAAUGAGAGAUCAAAAGAGUGAGAGAGGAACCAAAUAUUGUAAAGACUUGAGCAAAAAGAACACCAAUAACAAAUAUGAGUAGUGACCAUAGGAACAUAGAAAGCUACCUUUUACUGAGUCAGAUCAUUGACCCAUCUAGCUCAGUAUUGUCUACACUGACUGGCAGCAGCUUCUCCAAGGUUCCAGGCAGGAGUUUUUCCCAGCACUAUCUGGAGAUGCCAGGAAUUGAACCUGGGACCUUCUGUAUGCAAAGCAGAUGCUCUUAUCAUUGAGCUACAGCUCCACUCCCAACCAGUGAAGGGAACUGUAAACAUGCAGUAGGACACAAUGAGAACAAAGCAAAUCCAUGUAGACAGCAAGUCUGCUUUACAGAGCAAAGAUGGACAGCAAAACCUCAUAGAAACAGAUGCCCUUGAUGUAAGAAACAGCCAUCUCUUUGAUCCAACAGUAGAGUAUAAAAUGAGCCACAAGAAGAGAGGACUUGCUCUGAUUUUCAACCACGAGCGGUUUUUCUGGCAUUUAAGGUUACCAGAGCGACGAGGCACUCUUGCUGACAGAGACAACCUGAAACGCAGCUUAACAGAACUUGGAUUUGAAGUGCAGUGUUUCAAUGACUUUCGGGCAGAAGAUGUGCUGCAAACAAUUUACAAUGUAUCUGCCGCUGAACAUGAAGACGCUGACUGCUUCAUGUGUGUUUUCCUGAGCCAUGGUGAAGGUGAUCAUAUUUAUAGCUAUGAUGCCAAAAUACAAAUACAGUCAUUGACCGAAAUGUUCAAAGGAGACAAAUGCCCAAGUCUAGUGGGGAAGCCAAAAAUAUUUGUAAUUCAGGCAUGCAGAGGAGACAAGCAUGAUGAUCCAGUCCUUGCUCGUGAUGCAGUAGAUAGCACUGAAGAGUCAGAGACUAAUGAAGUUGAAAUGGAUGCUGCCUCUGUAAAUACAUUGCCUGCUGGUGCAGACUUCCUCAUGUGUUACUCUGUAGCAGAAGGAUACUAUUCUCAUCGGGAGACUGUAAAUGGCUCUUGGUACAUUCAAGACCUAUGCGAAAUGAUCAGAAGGCACGGUUCUUCCCUCGAGUUUAUGGAGCUACUGACGCUGGUUAACAGGAAGGUGUCUCACCGCAGAGUUGAUGUGUGCAAAGAUAUUUCUGCUAUAGGAAAAAAGCAGAUUCCAUGUUUUGCAUCUAUGUUAACUAAGAAAUUGUAUUUUUACCCCAAAACUCAGUAAAAUGGUAGACAACUAAGCCUUUUUUUUUUUUUGCUGUAAACACACAAAUUCUUGAGAUAGAUUAAAGUGUUUAGUCAGGUUGACUAAUAACAUCAAAUUGUUCUGAUUAGUUCAAGUAGGGCUACUUGCAGAACGAAGAAGUGGAAAUUCUGUCAGAAAUAUUUGGUGAAAUUACCAAAAAAGAGAAAUGGUAGAAAGCUGCAAGUAGAACCCAAUAGAAGGCUUUAGACUGUCCUUGAAAUUUUGUCAAUUUAGCACCUCAGGCUUAAGUACAUCCAUGUACUCUGCACUUGAAACUGUUUGAUUACAUAAUAGCCUCAGGGAGUUUUGGAACAUAAACAUUACCAUUGACAUUCCAGUGUUCAUAAAGCAGUCAAUCAAUUUUUUUCUAUCUUCUAGUUUUCACUAAGUGAUUUUUGUAGGCCACUUUGUAGUGAGAUUUUAUACUUUCAUAUAUGUAAAAAUGCAUUAAAGGGAAAGGAUGCCCACAGACCUGCUGCACCUAUCCCCUGCUACUUUAGUCCUGGCAGAUGGGAAUAACUAUGCAAUGGCAGCUUACACUGUAAGGGAAACGGGGCCACAGCUCAGUUGUACAGCAUCUGCAUUGGAUGUAAAAGGUCCCCGUUUUGAUCCCCAGCAUCUCCAGAUUAACUCCUACUUGAAACCUUGAAGAGCUGCUGCCCGUUUACUGAGUUAGAUGGACCAGAGGUCUGACUUGAUAUAAGGCAGUUUCCUAUGUUCCUAAGAUCUCUUGGCAUCUCUUUCCUAGUGUUGAUUUCCUCUCCAAUUAUGCCUGGGCGGUUCGGCUGCCUGACCUGAUGCUGGUGAGGAUCACAUCAGUGGAGAUGAGUUGUGUCCCCUACUACACUACCAUAAACCUAAAAAUACAUUUUAUAUGUUUACAAAAACCAUUGAAGCCUGCCCAAUAGCUUUUCCAUGUUUAGACCACUGAAUAGGUCGAGGGCAGUUUGUUGUUGCAUAGGUUCUAAAUUUUUAGUCAGAACUAUUAAUACUGAACACCAAUAGCUACUUGAAAAUUAGGAAGAACUGUGUCAAUGAUGCACCAUUAUGAAAAUGUCUUUCAACAAAUUGACCUCAGAAUAAAAUAAACUUUUUAAAAAAAAUUGCA